CUUUUGGCAAGGUACGGUAAGUGUUUGUUUCUGAUAAUCAACUUUUGAGCAACAUGGCAACCAGGUGGGGAAUCUGCAGCGCUGGGAAGAUCAGUCAUGACUUUGCUGUUGCUUUAAAAACGCUUCCUGCUGAAGACAAUCAGGUUGUGGCUGUUGCAGCUCGUAAGUUGGAGGACGCUCAAGAGUUUGCCAGGAAACACAGCAUCUCUACGGCUUAUGGCAGCUAUGAGGAGCUGGCCAGAGAUCCAAAUGUAGAUGUGGCAUAUGUUGGGAACAUCCACCCAUACCAUCUGAAGGCCUGCCUGCUCUUCAUGAAUGCCAAGAAGAAUGUUCUGUGUGAGAAGCCGCUGGCCAUGAACACCAAAGAAGUGAAAGAGAUUCUGGACACUGCCAAAAGGAAUCAAGUCUUUUUCAUGGAGGCCGUGUGGACCCGUUUCUUCCCAGUUUCUGUGGAGGUUAGAAAGAUGCUGGCUCAGGGGGAGAUAGGAGAGGUGAAAAUGGUUCGAUCGGAGUUUGGAGUYCCUGUUCUGCACAYCCGAAGAGUAGUAGAGAAGGAGUUGGGUGGAGGAGCGUUGCUGAACAUUGGCAUGUACUGCCUGCAGUUUGUUUGUAUGGUGUACAAUGGAGAGAGGCCAGAGAGCAUCCAGGCUACCGGGGUCUGCCUGGACACAGGGGUGGAUGAAACUGUGAUCGUAACUCUGAAGUUUUCAGAGAAGAGAAUGGCGGUGUUUACUUACUCUUCCAGUAUACAGCUUCCUAAUGAUGCCAUUAUUGUUGGAACCAGGGGCACCAUCCAGAUCCCUGCCAGGAUGUGGUGCCCCACAUCGCUAAUUGUGAAUGGGAAGGAGACCCAGUAUCCCUUGCCUGAACCCUGUUUCCCCCUGAACUUCCACAACAGCACAGGGAUGCGCUAUGAAGCCGAGGAAGUCCGACAGUGUUUGAUCAAAGGGCUGAAGGAGAGUCCAGUCAUGUCUCACUCUGACUCUCUUCUGCUGGCAGAACUGGAGGAUGAAAUCCGCAGGCAGGUGGGCGUGGUGUACAGUCAAGACUGCCAGUAAAUGUUCUGUGUUCACGAAAAGAUUAAAUAAUUACUCAAAAUGGACUAUUAUGRAGAUCCAGCAGGACUUUGUGUUCCAAAACUGCUGCUACUGUGUUAUUUCUUUGUGUUUUGAGAGGCCUGACAAAGGUCCUACCACCUAAAGCUCAGUAAAGGUUCUGGAUCCAAACUUUUUAAAUCUUCCUUUGAGCUUACUUUCAAUCCUUCUGUUCCCAUUAAGUUAUUUCAAAAACAAAAGGCCAGAAACUUCUGAUAGGUGCUCACUUUAUUGAUAGAACCUCAGUCUCAGACAUCUCCGUUCACCAGCUAAUCAUAAUCCCCCUUUACAUAGUUAGUUCUUAGUCUCUAGCAUUACAAUCAAAAGCAUGUUAGAGGAGCAGGGCAGCUACAGUGGAUCACCAACAGAGAAGACUAUGAGAGAGAUUUUAAACACGAGUUCUGAUCUCAUGAUCCAAAUCAAAUGUUUACAAUUUUCCCCCUCGGAUAUCAUCUGAAUGCAAAGAAAUGUAAAGGCUCUGUGACACAUCUAACAACACAAAACAUUAACUCCUCUGGAUUGGACACCCAAAACUUUAUCUCUAUAGUCAGACAAAAUAAGCAGAAUUGAAUGUCCCAAAAAACAACAAAAUAAAGUUUACCUUUCACAAAAGUCAAGUACAAUUUAGAAUGUAACAGUGUUUGGAGAAGGUAAGGAGUGCAACACUAACAGAUACACUGAAACACAAUGAAAGCUGGUUUAUAAGAGAGGACACUUCAUACUGAGAGCACUACACAAA